AUGAGUGAUGUCGACGCGGUUUCCCUCCCCGCUGCCCUAGAUGUCGGUCCCAACAACACUCUCGCGGCGGUGAAGACGGAUGGCGAUGCAGACACGCGUCCAUCGGGACGGCCGUUGUCUCCCAAUCGGAAGGACAAGGCUGCAUCUCCGAUUCCUGCUCCUACCGCUGCCGUAGCUUCUGCUUCUGCUUCUGCCUCUGCACCGGUAGCUGCAUCGAAUUCGACUGCUUUUGCUGCACCCGCUUCACCCCGACGAGAGAUCGCUGGAUCGCAUCCGGUGGAUGAGGAGGAUGACGAGCAAGGUCCGCCUAGUCCCAAGGCAGACUCGGAAGCCGAAACGAUCAUUCAAUCCGGUCGAGAAUCUCUGUCACCAGAGAAGAAAAGGAAACACAUCAGACAUGAUCCCAAUCGCCAAGGUGUUGAUGGGGUGGAUGGAACCCAGCGGAAGAAACCGCGCAUCGAUCAUGACCGAGAGAAGCGUGCUCCUCGGUCGCGGAGCCCGCGGGACAGAGCUGGCUCACCUCCAUCAGUUGUGAAAGUCGAGAAGGUGGAUGAAGUGCCAUCAGUUUCGGAGGAUGUAAUGGAAGAGAGUGGUAGUAGCAAUGAUGGCCCUGAGAGACCGCGCAACUACCGGAAGCGCAGUUUCAGCGACAGUGUGGAUGAAAAGAGGGAACGACGCCGCGACUCGACUGCGCACGCCGCUCGCGAUCUCAAACUUCUCAACCACGCUCGCCUUUCCCGGCCGUCCGCCAGUACCCGUUCGGUGUCGCCUGGUCGACCCUCCCACCAUCGGUCUGCGUCCGGCUCCCAUCUGCCCGGAAAGAAGAAGGCUCCUACCCCUCUCCUGACCGGAUUCCAGCGUCAAACCUCCGAGGACCGACAAUCCACCUCUUCCUCCGCUAGUGGCUCUCCGCUUCCCAGUGCCCACCUGCGAAAACUGGGAUCUGGAGUGGGGGCGUCUGCUUCACCUGCGAAGCAUAUGGGCCCGAAGAAACUUCGCGAUAAGAGUGGUCGCACUCCUCUUGCACGCGCAUGCGCGGAUCGGAAGUACGACCAGGUAGUCUUGCGCUAUGGCGAACGCCCGGAAGAUUUGAAUGUCCCCGACAAUGCUGGCAACACACCUUUGCAGGUUGCGUCGCUCAACGGCGAGGAACAAAUUGUCAAGUUCCUGCUGGAUGCGGGUUGUGAGAUUAAUACGAAGAAUAUCGACAAGGACACACCUUUGAUUGAUGCGGUGGAGAACGGCAAUGUAGAAGUCGUGAAACUGUUGCUUGAAGCAGGUGCUAAUCCUCGGACUGUGAAUGCCUCUGGAGAUGAACCGUAUGAGUUAGUACCGACCGACCUCAAGGAUGAUGAGUAUGAUGAAAUUCGAAAGAUGCUCGAGGAUGCCAAGGCGAAUUCACGCCCUGGUCGACGGUCCGAAGAGCAGCAGGCUGGUCCUGAUAAGCCCCCACGGUCACGCCGGGCGUCCGUGGCCAGUCCUUCACGAAGUCCACCACCGAUGGCGAGCACAACGGGUCGCCGCAAGACUGGUCGAAGCGAAGCAACCCGGAAUGACCUGCUAUGGACACAGCCAACCUCUGAGAACUUGCGCGAAUUUGCCGCCAAGGGUGAUGAACAGGGCGUGGUGAGCAUUUUGAAUAUUUUGCAAAAGGCCGACAAUGCGUCCCUGAUUGCUGCCGCCAAGGGAGGCCACUUUGAUGUGCUGUCUCUCAUGUACGCCAUCGGUGACGCAGAUGCGGAUCCAAAUCCAUUGCGCGGAUCUGGCCAUAAACCAGGCUAUAACACUCCGAUGCUCGCUGCCAUUGGUCGAGGCAACAUGGACAACAUCCAACUCAUUCUCGGUCAGCCUGGCUUUGACCCGACACGUCGACUGUUCGAAGAUAAGACUUACUAUGAACUCUCUCGAUCCCGCCAAGGCGAGAAUUGGGAGGAAGAAUAUGAUAUCUUAAAAAAGGCAUAUGAGAAAUAUCUGGGCUUAGGAAAGGGUCGGAAGGACCUCUCGUCUCCACGACGUGCCCGCGGCAAGGACAAGGAAGAAAAACGUUCUUCCCGCCGGGAGUCUUCUUCGCCCGUGACUCGCACGAAAAAGCUCAACGACAGCAGUCCCAAUGCCAAUCGUCAACGCUUCCCCAAGGAUCAAGAUGCCCUAAAGGAGAAGCGCCGCGAAGAGAAAAAGGCCGCUGCUGCAGCCGAAGCAGCCAGUGGUCGCUCAAAAGCCAAUUCGCGGGAUGCACGAGAGAGCCGAGAUGCUCAUGACCAGGCGCUUGCCAGCUCUGAUCAUGAUUCAGGUCGACCCGAGCCCAAGAAGCCCAAGGCAGCCCCCUCAGCACGGAGGGGCAGUGAGUCCAGUGGGGUCGCUCGAAAUGAUGAGGUUCGCAAGAGACGGCUGAUUGCUGGGCGUCGUCCCCAGGAUGGCGAUCGACGACCCAGCCUCAUCUCCUCCGAUUCUCUGUCUGGCCGAGAAGAAGCUCCCAGGUCUCACGACACCGCUCCCGACUCCACAUCAUCUCUCAAGCGCAUUCGAACCGAUACUUCUCCCGAAAGAUCACGCUCUCGUGGUAGGGAUAGCGAUCGACUGUCACCAGAAGCGCGGAAGAAGAAGCGGCGUGUAUUGGCGGAAGAAAAGGCAUCAAACCUGCCGAAUGGGUCCUCCCGGAAAGCAGAAGACACAAAUGGAGACAAACCUCAACAUCGACGGCCGAAAGAGGAAGCCUCACAAGGCACUGAUCCUGCCCCACGCAAGUCAACUGAGGCCUCACAGAAAUCCGAACUCUCAUCUCACAAACCGGACUCUUCUUCUCUACCUUCUUCGCAGAAGUCGGUCGAUUCCGAACCGACCAAGAAGAACGGAGACGUGAAGACUGAAGCCCCCGAACCCACCACCAAUUCCAUACCCGAGGUCUCGACUGACGCUAAGCGAGCUGAAAUUGAGGCAGAGAAGCGUCGACAAGCCGAAGUGAAGAAGGCGGAAGAAGAACGUCUUGCUGAGGAGAAGCGCCGUGAGGAAGAAGAGGCUGAGCGUGCUCGUCUAGCUAAAGAAGAAGCGGAGAGAGCCGCUCAAGCUGCGCGCGAGAAGGAGAAGGCCGACGAAGAGGAACGCAAACGCAAAGAAAUGGAGCAGCGCCGGGCCAAGCAAGCUGAAGAUGAGCGCCUCAAGCGACUGGAACAGGAGCGGGCUCGUGUGAUCAAGAUGCGCCGGGAGCAGGAGGCUCAGGAGCAACGUCGUCGUGAUGCUCUGCCUGGUCGCUUGCGUGCCUCUGCCAACUUUGUGGGUUCCAACGACCCCCGAGCACGGAGUCACGCAUGGCUCAAGAACUUCAUGCCCCUGGUUACUGUUGUCACCCGACAGCUCGACCCUGGUUGUGCUGGUGAUGUGGCGGAUGAGAAAUGGAUCCCGAACUACUUGGUCGCUCCUUUGCUGGCUACCAAUGACCUGCAACUCUCUCAAUAUGCCAGCUGGGAGAAACGCAAAGCAACCGCAACCCAACGCAUGAACCUCUGGCGAUGCACUCGUCGCAUGCUAGUCUACACCGACGAUCCCAAGUACUACAAUGCAUCGUUCGGGGAUGUGAUGCAGUUGGAUUGCGAGACAAGACCCAAGUAUUUCGACAUGGAACAUGUCUUCUGGAUCAGACUCUCUGACUUCACGGACCUCGUUCCACACAUCCCCCAUCUCAACGGCCUCGAGCUUGAGUUCGUGAGCAUGCAUCUCGACCCAGAGCCCUCCACUGGAACCUCCCACCAGACCAAUGGCUCCGCGCCUAGCACACUUGCCGUAGGAACCAAUGGCAUCGGCGCCCUCAAUGGCCACGGCGUUGGCUAUCCUCGACCCGGUACAUACUUCUAG